UAUUCAAUCUUAUUCAUAUGAACUUCUUCGCAUUCAUUAUUUGAUUUGAUCAUUAUUUCAACAAAUUCUUUGUAUUCUUUGCUAUCCAUAUACUGCUCCGAUUACAAUUACUGCGAUUUCCCCUCUUUUGUCAUCAAGGAGUCGAGAUUAUGAGCAGUACUUUCAAUUCUUCUUUUUCCUUCCAAAUCAGAAAACGCCACCAAUUUGAUUUACAGCCGCUUGAAAAGCUCCGGCUAAACACUGUUAGAAUUGCAAUCUUGCAUAUCAAAACCCUCACUCUGCCGUUAAUUUCGAGUUCCACCGCUCGAUACUGCGAAUCCCUCUUUCUGGAACCAUUCAAACCCUACACCAUUGGCCGGAAAUCGAAGCUCUGUGAUUUUGUUUUUGCUGACGCUAGAGUCAGCAAGAGGCACUGCCAAUUGUACUUUGAUUCUUUGGAGAAGAAGAUUUAUUUGUCAGACGGAUUUGUUAAAGGUUAUAGUGGAAGCGGAAUUGGAAGCUACGCUUCUUUUUCUAGUUGCUGUGCUAAUAUUUCCACAAAUGGGGUUUUCGUGAACGGGUCUAGGAUUAGUGGAGUCGUUGAGUUGAGGGUUGGUGAUGUGGUUGUGCUUGUAUGCAGGGACAACGAAGCUUGUGGGCUGAGUCCCAGCAUUGGAUUUUUGGUGGAGAAAGCUGUAUUUGCAGAGGAAGUUGAUUACAAAAGUUCUGCUGUGAGAUGUUGCAGAGGGGCAGAUAAUACGAGUGUGCUUCUAAGUCUGUGUAGGGAUAUACUGUGCAGUGAUGACCCUGUAUAUUACAUACGGCAGUUUAUGGAUGUUAACUGGAAAAAUGGGAUCCAUCUUUCUUUAGGAAAUGGAUUUAAGGGGUCUCUUCGAUCAUCCUCAGGUGAUAGUGUGGAAUCUUGUUCAACUAGUAGGCUUCAAAUAGGAUGUCGUAAACGGAAAAGGGUGUACUCUAGGGAUGUUGAUGCUGUUGAGAAUUGUCAGAUUAUCACAGUGAUCUCUGAGGAAAAUGUGGAGCUUGGGUGUUCUAACUUUGUUAGUGCAGCUAAUACUGACACUGCAUUGAAGAAAUGUAAUGACAUUGUUGAUGAACAUGAUGCCUCUGUCAGUAGUAAUUUUACUGGUAUGUCUUUGGAAAAACAGGAUUCUCGGCAAUCUAAAGGACUAUCAGAUGCUGAGGAUCAUGGCGGUUGCAUUCUGCCACCAGGAAAGAAGUUCUAUCUGAACCGUCUGCAAUUUAAAGGUGGAGAUAUUGAGGAGAAUAAUGCUGAUACUGUUUCGCUGCCAGAACUCUUUCAUCCCAUCAAUAGCCUCGAGCGUGUAUUUAUAGCAACAUUUACUAGUGAUAUAUCAUGGUUUCUUACUUAUUGUAAGAUUCCUCUCCAUCUACCAGUGACAAUUGCUUGUCACAGCGCUGAAAGGUGUUGGAGUGUAGAUCCUGAUAAAAGAACAUCAGUUCCAUUCACCGAAUACCCAAACUUAACUGUGGUGUAUCCUCCAUUUCCUGAAGUUAUAGCUUUUAAUAAUGAUCGUAAGAAAUCAGGCAUUGCUUGCCAUCACCCAAAGUUAAUUGUGCUGCAAAGAGAAGACAAGUUACGUGUUGUCAUCACAUCAGCAAAUCUAGUGGCGAAGCAGUGGCAUGAUGUAACCAAUACAGUCUGGUGGCAGGACUUCCCACGACUAAUUACUCCCAAUUGUUUCUCUCUUUUCACCCGUUUAUGUGAGGAGGAAACCAAUAUUGGUUCAAAAUGUGAUUUUGCUGCUCAGUUGGCUGGAUUUAUGGCAUCUCUACUGGCCGAUGUGCCUAGCCAGGCCUCUUGGAUAUUGGAGUUGAUCCAAUAUGACUUUAGUGGAGCUGCUGGAUACUUGGUUGCUUCUGUGCCAGGAAUUCAUUCGCAAAUAAGUCCUGUGUAUGAGUCCAGAAAUCUCUUAGUGGGUGACAAACAUGAGUUAUGGUCUUAUAGUGCGAAAUUUCUAUCUUCAGUUGAAACAUCUGUAGUAGGUUUGAGCCAUAUUUAUCGUGCAUCUGCGGACUCUAAUGGGAGGCAUUUGAAGAAGUUGGCAUUAUUUCUUGGAAAAUAUCGUGGGAAUGUGGAUGGAAUGUCAGAAGUUGUUUUGAGGAGAAUGACAAACAUACCGGCUGAUGGAAAUGCUGUGAGUGUUCUUAUACCAAACCCAGAAGACUUAUCUGUGGGAGAUUUUGUUCAACUUGGGUUUCUGCCGAGGAAUGUUGCAAAAUGGGUGGCUCCACUUUCAGACACUGGCCAUUUUGCAUUCUCUGCAUUUAUCCAUCCAAAGGAAGUCCUUGAAACUGCUCAAGAACAAAGCAGCAAGGAAGUAAAACUGAUUCUUUAUGUGUAUGCGGGACCUUCUUUUUCUGCCAUUUCUGGAGUUACUCAACUUGAAUAUGCUUCUGCAAUAUGUUCCCUUGUUGCAUCAAGUCAGAGAUAUGCGGGGCUGUGGCGCCUCAAGGAGGUUUUGGGCCUGCACAAGUGGCCUGAACAUUUGCAAUCCGAGUUCAUUUUUGGUGAGUCAGUGGAUGACCUUAGGUUCAUCUUCAGUUGGAAGCGUAAAUGCACAAUUUCUAGCUUCAUUUGCAGCAGCAGCAGGAAAAACAUCAGUACCAUUUUCUGACUCCGAAGAAUCUGAUCCAGAUGUAAAACCAUAAUAUUGAUAAAAAUGCGCUUUACUAGUUUGCUUGCUUAUUGAAAGGUUUGCACUUAUGUCAGUGGGGAUGUUGGACUUCGAGUCAAGAGCUCAAAAGUCCUUCCAUCCGUAUCAUCUUCCCCAGCAUUGAGAGAGUAAAGACCAACAGAAGUGGAAUCAUGGCAUCCAGGCGCCUCUUAUGCUUCUCAGAG